UAUAAAUAGCGAGGCUUCCAUCCACCGACGGAACCUCAAAGAACGUCAGGAUGAAGCUUCUUGUAUUCUCUGUUGCUGCUUUCCUGGUACUCAGCCAGGUUAAGGGCGAUAAGCCAGUUUGGGCGGAUGAAGCGGCAAAUGGGGCACACCAAGACGCCUGGAAGAUUCUCAAAGGAGAGGUUCAUGAUAUCUACUUCAUGGUAAAGGUCACAUAUAGGAAUGACCCAGCGUGGGGAAAUAACUUCACUUGCUUGAGUGUUGGCGCUGAUGAGUUGAACGAGGACGAGAAGAGCGUUCGAGCACUGUUUUUGUUUAUGAAUAAUGCUAGUAGAAUAUACCAAGGUUCGUUUGAAAGGAUCACUGCUGUUAAAAUGUAUGGUUACAAUAAGGAAAACGCCCUCAGAUACGAGACAGAGGAUGGGCAAGAAUUCACGGACGUCGUUGCAUUCUCCGAUGACAAUUGUAAUGUAAUCUACGUUCCUGGUGCAGAUGGAAAUGAAGGAGGUUACGAACUAUGGGCAACCACUAUCAACAACGUUACAGCCAGUUGUAUGGAUAAGUUUAAUGAGUAUGCCGCGGGUAUGGAGAUACGGGACUUAUUCUCAAGCCAUUGCAUACCAGUAUAACUUGGGAAUAUCAUGCUGUCAAAGUUGAAUCGUGUUAUUGUCAACAUGUGCUUCGAUUCGUUGAUGUAGCGUUUGAUAACGCAGUUUGUCUGGGCGUCUGGUUUUAGGUAUUUUGCAGUCAAUGCAGGCGGCCAGCACGAGUACUGGAAAAUAAAGUAUGAUUACAGCGCCA